CUUCUGAAGGACGACAAUCUUAGGAGAGCAAAAUUCAGCGUUCACGGCGAAGAUAUUUUACCAGCUAUCCAGGAAACGUUGGACAUGAACUUGAAGAUGAAAUCAUACUUUGUUGUUGCACAAAUAUUUCCACAGUAUGUACAGCUUACUUUGCAUCAAACCGUUAAGUUGGCAUCGUCUGAAGAAGAUGCGGCCACUAUUCUUAUUGAGGAUAAAAUAGUGUACUUUGAUGAUGUGUAUGAUGAAUUAUGCCAGAACAUUUGGAAGAACAUGCAGUACAAUUGUCAGAUCGAUUACUGUAUCACACACAAGGGUAAAAAAAAUGAAGAAUUUGAUUUCGGCUCAUUCCAAGCAUACCGAGUCAUUCGCCAAACUCUAAUGCAACAGAUUGCCGAGCUUCUAAAAAACGAUGGUAGUAAUUUAGACAUGGAUUUAUGUACAAAAUUAAACAUCAACAACAAUUGUACUUGUCUUGUGCGGAUUUCUCUUCGUCUCAUAACUGAGAUAAGUCUACAGCCAGUCAUAAAAAGAAUUGUAACAACGAUAGCGGGCUCAUUGACUAACUACGAUCUAUUUGGAAAUUACAAGACGGAUUAUCUUUUUGUGCUGGGAGAUCCUUUUAAUCUCUCUUACAACUCACCUUUUUAUACUGUGUACACCACAAUAAUUCAAAGAGCAAUGGAUGAUGGCAUACAAUCAAAAGGAAAAGAUACCCAGGCAUUCGUAAUGAAAGAUUCCCUUAGCCAGUUAUUGGAUAUGUUCAAAAUGAUCAAGCCUCAUAUGUUUGGCAGGUUCAUCAAUGGAACUUUGUGUCAGGUUCCAAAUAAUACAUAUGGGGUGCGGCUUUAUUCACAAAGAUGUUAUCCGUUUUCUCGUGUAAACCGUAAUGGUGACAUAAAAAAUGAUGUAGAAGGGCAGGGUGAUUACCUAAUUUUUAUUGAAAAAGGGAAGCCACUCUCGACAACAGGAACGAUGAUCAAAAUUAAGGGAGAAAAAAUAAGUUCUACAUUUGCUUGUGUGUUUUUUUUUAUUUUGUUAUUACUGUUUUAAACGACGACAUUCUAACUUUUGAUACUAAUGCCACUUUAGACAUUAUUCGAACCAGACAUCUCGGUAGUAGCAAACUGAAAAAAUAUGAUACUUUAGAUGCAACCGCGAACGGCUCAUGGGAAGAUAUUUAUUCCGGCGGUCAAACACCUUCAGCCUAUGAUCUCAUCGUAGAGUAUAAGCACCUCAACUAUGAUCAUUCUUUAGAAUUUACUAUGAGAAGAAUGAUUGAUUAUGACUAUGGUGGAAAUCCAACUAAAUUUUGGGUUUUAGGAGAGCCAUUAACCUUAGCUUAUAUUUGAGUAGCAAGUUUAAUAAAAACAUUAUUGUGGUGGUACCCUAGCUGAAUUUAGG